ACCCAGGCUCGCGCUGUUAAAUCUAAAAAAAUAUCAAAAAUGAAGUCAAAUACGGCACAUUUUUCUAACUGCGAAAAAGACUUUGUUCGACAGUGUAUCCGAUCAAGAAAGAGACUAGAUGGAAGAGGAAUUUAUGACUACAGAAAGCUGAGAAUAGCUUUUUCUGUUGAGAGAGGUCACUGUGAAGUCCAGCUGGGGAAAACAAGAGUUCUUGCACAAGUUUCGUGUGAGAUAACAAAACCCAAAACCAACAGACAGACAGAUGGCCAUAUCUAUAUCAAUGUGGAACUCUCGCCGAUGGCUUCUCCUGCUUUUGAGGCAGGGCGAAUGUCAGAACUUGGAGUAGAGCUUAAUAGAUUUGUUGAACGUUUCUACAUUGAGUCAAGAGCAAUUGAUACAGAGUCUCUGUGUAUUGUUGCUGGAGAGAAGGUGUGGUCUGUACGAGUUGACAUUCAAGUUCUUGAUCACUCGGGAAAUAUUCUAGAUUGUGCCUGUAUUUCAGCUAUAACUGCCUUGAGUCAUUUCAGACGGCCAGAUGUUUCUGUGUCUGGAGAAGAAGUCACUAUUCACUCAGAGGCAGACAGGGAUCCAGUCCCUUUGAGUAUUCUCCACAUGCCCAUUUGUGUCACUUUUGCAUUUUUUGAUAAUGGUGAGUUGUUGCUGGUUGAUCCUAAUGACAAGGAGGAAGCGGUCAUGGAUGGCCACAUGAUGAUGGCUUUGAAUAUCCAUCGGGAGGUCUGUGGGGCAGUCAUGGGGGGUGGAGUCUCCCUUGAGACAGAUCAGAUAAUUCGAUGCUCUAACAUUGCAGUUGUGAAAGUAGCUGAAAUCACAGAGCUAAUUGAAAAGGCAUUAGCCGUAGAUGCCAAACAACGAUCCAUUGGUAAAAUAGGUGUUACUGAAUCAGUGGGAAAAAUCACAACAACACAGACUGAGUCUGCUAUCGUGGACCUUACUGAAGGAAUAGAAAGCGCUCAAGAACUAUCUAAUGACAGACAAUCACUAGCUGAAUACAAACAAUACAAAGAACUUCAAGUACAUCUCAAGGGCUCUGGCACUGCACAAAUUGGUCUUGGCAGCUCCAAUAACGCCUGGUUACUCAGUGACGACGAUGACGAGUUACCUCCACAGGAACAUGAGGAGAUGGAAGAAGAUGAAGACACCCCUACUCCAGCAGGCAAUACAGAUAACUACGCGCUUGAGGAAAGCAGCGAAGACGAGGACGUCAUUAUCUUAGAACCUGAAAACAUUCAAGACCUUCCCAAACAAAGUCCAAAGCAAGAUCCAAACGUUAUCGACCUGACGAACGCUCUAAGAAAAGAGAAACCAACAACGAACACACAGAACAAGACCAGUAAGAAAAAGAAAGGGGAAAAAGACUAAAUGAUGUGUGCCCAUUAAAUGGACAACUUGCUUUUGGGUUUUAGUAGGCGUCAAGUGCACUUUUUUUCUCCGCUGAAGGUCACCCUCCUGUAUUCCCUCGCACUCCAAGGUCUGCCUGAAAAAUGGUCACUUGCUAGGUCACUUAUAAGGAGCUAUAUACGCGAUUCUCAAUGACCCAGAGUGAGAUUAUUUUUGUGAAAAUCAGUAAAGUGGCACCUCUAUAAAGCGACCGCCCUUGGGGCCGGGCCAAGUAAUGUAUACAGUGAUACAGUGGUACCUAUUUAAAGCGACCGCCCUAGGGACCGUGCCAAGUGAUGUAUACAGUGAUACAGUGG